AGCUUAUACUUCAGCUACCAUGUUACAUUGGAUCUAUUUAGGCCAGCAUACUGAUGCAUCAUUGGCCAAGUAGAUCCUCUGGAAUGCCCCAUGCUUCCCAGCAGUGGAUGAGAGCAACUCUCAUUCCCUGUUGCUUUGUGUCAAUAUCUGGUAACUGGAAGCCUUCAGUUUCAAAAGUCGAAGGGUAUGGCCACAUAUACAAUGGGUGGACAAUCUAAAACUAACAGCAGGAAGCAAACAACAGAGAAUGCUGGAGAGAACUUGGAAGAGGUGUACAUCCAAAUAUGGAUGUAAGAGGCUGUGGAAGAAUAAUAUCCACUUAUAGCAGUUGAUGGUCUUCUCCAUGAACAUGUUCAAUGCUCUUUUCUUUUUUAAGUACUAAGUUAUCACAUCUGGGUAUUGAAUUCACUGCAUUAAUCUGCUGUGUGCAGAAGCACGUUCAUUUCUCUGUCCUUGGCCUACUGCCAAAUCAGUUUUAUUGGGUGACCCUGUUCUAGUAUCCUUUCCCCCUCAGCACUCAUAAUGUUAUAUUGUUUUGCACAAGUAGUUUUCUCUUCGCUUCAGAUUCCCAGUUUGGUUUUUGAGCAUUUUGGUUUGAUGCUUUGAUUGUCACCCCCCACAACCCCAAACCCUGACAAGAGAUUCAGUAAUCUCUGACGAGAGCUUCAGUAAUCUUCUUCCAAAGGAUACAUGGCUUGCACAGCCUUAUGCCAAUUCCUGAAGAUGGUUGCUCUGCCUUUAGAGCUGUCCAAACCCUAAGUGCAUUUACUUAAAUGGUUUCUGGGAUAUUGCUUUAGUGUUAUAAGGAUGUUAUGUGCUGCCUUGCUGUUUCUGCUGUUCUACAAUGAGAGAUACAGAGGCCCAGAAAAUAUGAGGAGGCUUUUCUUUUUUUCUCCCCCUCGUUAUUUCUGAUACCUUGAAAAAUAAUGAAACAGAUGCAAACAGAGAGUAGGUGCUCAUCAAGUAUAACAAAAGGAAGAACCUGCAUGACUUGAGAGUCAGCUUGUGUGUAUUCCAUGCCAGACUGAAAAACUUACUGUGUUCCUGUGCAAGGGAUCCUGCUUCUUCAGAAUCUUAGAUGUCUUGUGAAGGUGGGCUUUAAGUUUUGUCUGCAAUGCUGGUGAAAUCUCAUAAACCAGAUGCCCCGCCACUGUUCUGCCACUGGCUGCUGCACCCGUGACACUCCUGAGACACGCAACCGAGGCAUUUCCUUCCAUCGACUUCCAAAGGACAACCCCCGGCGAGCGAUGUGGUUGGAGAAUUGUCGGAGGAAGGACAUGAGCGGCCAGGGUCUUUGGGACCCUGCCUCCAAGUAUGUUUACUUUUGCUCCAAGCACUUUGAGAAGAGUUGCUUCGAACUGGUGGGCACCAGUGGCUACCAUCGGCUCAAAGAGGGUGCUGUUCCCACAAUAUUUGAACUUCACACCAAACUGCGCCAAAAAUCAAAGCUAGGCAACUCGAAACUCGCGAAACGUCAACAGAAGCAGAGCUGCAGCCCUUGCCUGGAGGAGGAGUCGAGUCCUUUGUGUAUGGACAUCUCCUGCUUCCCUGCACAAGAGCUGCCAAGCCCUGGGGCUGCUCCCACCAGCGGCGAGCCUCGAAGCCAGCCUGACCUCCCGGGGCCGGCGUCGGAGAGCCUGGCCACCCUGUCAGACAUUCCCCUAGAACAGUCACCCGCUGCUACUGGCCAGGAAGAAGCUUCUCCUUCUCCGGCCCUCCCGGAGCCUGUGGGGGAUUCAUCCCACCCCGUUUCCCUCUCUCUCUACAUGUUGCGCCUGCCUCCCCCAGCUGGGGCUUACAUCCAGAACGAGCACAGCUACCAGGUCGGCAGUGCCUUGCUGUGGAAGCGGCGAGCGGAGGCGGCCCUCGAUGCUCUGGGGAAGGCGCAGCGGCAGCUCCAGGCCUGCCGGCGCCGAGAACAGCGACUCCGCCUUCGGAUCUGCGAGCUUCAGCGCGAGCGGCGGCCGCACAGCGCUGAGGCACAUCGACGGCUCAAGGAACACCUGCAGGUCUUUGAACUGCAGCUCCUCAAUGACCUUGAGUAACUUUGGGGCGGGCCAAAACUGACCUUUCCCUGUUUGGUGCACUCUCAGCUUCAGGCUGUGUGAUGGUCCCUGCGGCUAAGCUGUGCGCCAGAACUCGGGGUCCUCCAGUUUGGCUGGCCGGUUGGCACUCGCCGCCUUCCCUAUCACCAUUCGCAUAUAAUCUGUACCUGUAAAUAAAUACUGUUUUGUAUGAUGGAUGCUUCCUACUCAUCUGAAAGACACCUUUUACAGCAGAUUUGCAACAGCUGUCAACCUGCGGCCUUCAGCAUGGUGUUGCCUGAGGCAUAGGAAGGAUCAUACAGUUUCUAGCAAGUUUUGGCUCAGCCUUGCUCACAAGGAGAUUGAAUUAGGGGGUGUAUGGGAUAAAGGUUGUCCUGUUUUCUGAUGAAUUAUAGGUUUACAAGGAUCUUAAGAUCCUGUGGGCCAAGGCAUCCUCAUGCCACUGAGGCUCAUCCAUAAAAUAUAUAUGGUGGAGUCAUGUGCAUCAGCAGGAGAAGAGCAAACUCGCCAUGCUGGAGAUGGCACUAUCUUUUGAGGAACAGUUCAGUAAAACCACUCAGAUGGUUUUAAGUAAGUAAGCCAAAAGCUUAAGUGAAGUCUGGGCUGCUAGACUUGCUGCGAAGCAAAACCUGUCCACCUAUCAGUUGAGUUAGGCCUGGUUUAUGUAAGGAAAGGACAGAAGCGCUAAGACAGGAACAAUAAGUACCAUUUGUUGGGCGUUUCUCAUGUGCACUCAUAAACACAACCAUCUGUGCUCUUCAAAUAGCCUUUUGCAAAAAUGUUUUAUUCAAAAUGCUGGAGGGUCAUGGGUGAACAUGAGUCUCAUUACUGAUAAUUGAAACCUGCUCUGGGAGCCUUUUUCAGCUCAAAGAGUGGAGUGAAAACAGUUUAAAAAUGCACAUUAGUGGCAUGCAGAAGGCUGCUUACCUGUAAGGAUCUCUUGUUGGACUGGGGCAACUGUCUUCAGCUUGAACCAAAAUGAUUUCUAUAGUUUGCAGCGGUUGCAGGUUAUUUCACUUUGUGCUGGCACCCGUCAAGGACUCAGCUGCCUGAACAGAACCACUUACAUGCCUAUCAUGACUAUCACAACCCUUAAGGGUGGGUGGAACAAGGAUGUGGCUCCUCAGAAAUAUUCCUGGCCUCUCUCCUGAAUGUUCAGCUGUUUUUUUAAAUAAAAAAAACCUAAGUCUCUAGUCCUUUUUCCUGGAAAGCACCCAGAUAGACUUUUGUCCAGUUGCUCUCUAAAAAUAAAAUUGCUGUUGCCUUCUAUUGUUUUCUGGCUAAUGAAUGAAAAGGCACCGGAAUAACUGAUGAGCUCUAAGCCCUUAUUUAAUUUUUUUGUACUUUUUAUUUGUAUUUAACACUAUGAAACAAAAUAAAUAUACUGGGCUACUCCAACUGAUAUUCUGGUUGUCCUGAAUAAAAUGUCCGGCUACAGAAUAGCUGCAAUGAUCUACCAUAAAAUGUGGAGAACUCAGCCAGUGGUAGAGAAUUACAUGCCCAUUUCUUCCAGGUUAAGGGGUCCCACUGAGAUGCCUUGUCUGAGAACCUCCAAAAUCCUGUUGCUGGGUUUAUUUUUUAAACCAGGGAUGGGGAACCUGUGCCACUCCAGCUAUUGUCAACAUAGCCAGUGGUCAAACACGCUUCCAUGCACAGUUCAUGAGGCAGAAAGCGUUUCAAACUUUAAACACUUCCUGAAGACCCAUCUAUUUAAGAUGGCAUUCCCAGGCUCAUCAGAUUAACCAUGUUCUAUUAUUUAUUGGUAUUUAACUGAAUGCUUUAUUGAUAGCUUUUCUGUUUUUACUCAUGUAUUUCUUUGUAUUUUUGGUUUUAAAUGUUGAACAUACAUUUUUAUUUUUCUUACCUUACUAUGCUUUAUGUAAACCACUUAGGUAUUUUGUAUAUUAAGUGGCAUAUAAAUCUUAUUGAUGAUGAUAGUAGCA